GUGGCCCAGCUGCCGUCUCGUCUGCGACGAUGAACGAAGCCACUGUGCGCGAGCUUGUUGCGACCGGAUGGCAUUCCGUGGUAGAGGACGACUCUGUCGCGUGGCAACCGACCGACCCACCGUACUCUGGCUACUCUGGGCCAACGCCCGACGUUCUGCGCAUUGCAGGCGAUCCGCUUGCGCUCUUUUUCCACUUCAUGCCCAAGGAGAUGUGGAAAAACAUAGCGCACGAGGCCAACAACUACUGGCGCGCCACGAUCCAGAUCCACGCUGAAAAGGCCUUCGAGCGCCCUGGCAACAAGAAGACACUGGACGAGAUUGAAAAGUGCUUUGAAAGUAGUAGUCCAGACGUUGCAGUCGCGUCACAGAUGAUCAUAUGUCGAUAG